CUGACUGUGGGCGCGUUUUGUAAUCGUAUUCGAAUUGUUGUUUUUCAGUUCCAACCACCUCGUAAAAAGAGUUCGGAGGAACCACAAACAUCUGCAGCAGUGGAAGCAACUGCUGCGACGCCGAGUGUUUCCCGCGGAGAAUCGUUGAAGGAAUCAUCCAAGGAUGCAUCUCAGCCAAGCACUUCUACCGAACAACCAAAGGGUCCAAUCAUGGUUCCGGGAAUGUUCGGUGCUUUACCUGCGAAUCCAAACGUUCUCCUUCCCAGUUAUCCUGUUGUCUCGGGGUCGGCAACAUUACCGCACUCGCAAACGUGGAGUCCGCAGUUUGCAACAGGACAAUGCCAGUCUGCGCAAUCGCUUGAUCAACGUGGUGUGCAAGCUACCGUACCUUUUUAUCCAAUGCCCGUCAUGGCUCCAUCGGCCUCAAUGCCAUACGGAUUAAGCUCACCGAUGAUGUUAUCACCGUACGCAACAUUACCCUCACAACCUCAAAAUCCUUCUGCGCAGCAAUUGCCUACAUCCGACCAAAAUAUCCCUUCUAGCCCUGGGGAGGGCAGAGAUCUCACCGCUCUACAACUGAGCAUGUCACUUGAUCAGUAUAAUCAACACUUGAUACGAUCGCAACUGGACCAAGCACAGCAAACGGCACAAGUGGCAAGCUGUCAAGUGCAGUUGCUGCGAGAUCAACUCACCAGCGAAACGACGGCUCGCAUUGAGGCACAAUCACGAACUCAUCAAUUAUUGAACGCCAAUCGUGAGCUUCUCGAACAAGUUCAAGCAUUAGUUAGUCGAUUGCAAACGUUAGAGACCCGGCUGGCUGCCGAAAUACAAUCACCCGAAAACCUACCGUCAACCUCAGCAGCAUCACCACCUCAACUAUCCGGUCGAACAGCAGCUCGAGCUGGCACGGCCGCUGCCGCCUCACUGCCCAGGACGCCAUCCAAUCUAGCACGUUCUUUCCAUGAGCAGUUGGUCGCUGCCGAACCUAAACUACCCGGACCACCUCCUAUUGAUCCGUCCUUACCCUAUCAGGUUUUCAUUCUUGAACGAUUAUUUCAGCUGCAAACCUUAGCGGAUAUUCGUGCUGGAUCGUUACCCCCAAAAGCGAAUGAAGGUGCAACUGAUACAAAACGACGUCCGAUAGACGACACCGGAAUAAGAACCGAACCUGAGAGUGGUGCCGAAGAUACAACUGACUACAGUUCUUCGGAUCAGUAUGAAAAGGCGUCAUCAAGAAGACCAACGCAAGAAAGGGCGUCACCGCCACUUCCGCCUCUCGACGUGUUAAUGUCAAAUCCUCAAGUCAUGCCAAAUUUAUCGUCCUUCUUUUCUGCUCAACCAUUGCCCUUAAACUACAUUCCUAGCUAUAUGCAAUAUACACCCACAAAUAAGAAAUCUGAUGCUUCUUCAAAGGUGAUUGUUGAAGAUGAGCAACAGGCGGGAGCAUCCACGUCACCAGUAGUUCAAAAGAGAGUGAAGGAAAAGAUGAGUGGUGUGCUGAGGGAGCGUGAAUUUAAUCGUAUGUCGUUCAAUCCAAAACUCCGCCGAGAUACUACUGAGAAUACGAGUGGUAUUACUGAGGAGGCUGAGGACAACCCAAUUGAUGAAGCAUCCAAGAGGGAUGAACGAGGAAACGACGAGGGAACACGACCAGAUGAAUCGGAAGAUAGUUCGAGACGGAAGACGAGUGGUAAACUUCGGCAAAUGUCAACAUUCGAAGAGCCAACCAGUAGUGGUCACAUUGAUCAGCCGCGAAGCAUUGAGUCGUUGUUCGCAGAGGACGAUAAGGAUUCAAGUGUUAUAACAGUGAUUCGACCUAACAAUCUGGACGUCAGGAAACGAAAUCCGAAUCUGUCUCACUUAAUCACCGACCCUCCACCAUCUUCUCAUCUCGCAACCGCUAUGUACCCACCACGCAAGAGCGCUAUUCCAUUAAACGUCUGUAGGCCAGACUCACUGAAAACACAAACACUGCGAGCUUUGUCAGUUGAUGUCGAAGAAAGUCAACCGCAAUUGCAAGGUAACGGCCCUAUAGCAGUGAGUGGUUCACCACAUGCAAACCAUAUCGGCUUUUCGAAACGCAAGCAAACUGUGAUUGGUGGAGAUGGUCUUGGCGAGAUGCGUUCGUUGCAAGAGGCACUCAAACAAGGAUUAUCCACUAGAAAACUUAUUGCCCAAGAUGACCUCGAUGGAAUGCGCACUGCAAGAAGGCUGAUGGAUGUGCCAAAGCAGAAGCUGAGUGACCCGAAUGUACUGGCGCGAUUGACGCGUUCGCCUGUUUUCAAGACGGUUGAUGGUUCGGGUGCUGGAUCCGAGAGGCGGCAACCCAACGGCGCUCUUCCGUAG